UGCAGCAGCAGAACAUUCCUCAGGUCUGCUGGAAGUGACCUGUGAGUUAAGAGAGAAGUGGAGAAAGCUGAGCCGGGUCUGAGCACGCCAUGGGAGCAAACACUUCCAGCAAGCCAUCACCCUUCAAUGAAAAUGAGGAUGUCACCUUUGACCAUUUCAAGAUUUUGCGAGCUAUUGGGAAGGGCAGCUUUGGGAAGGUCUGUGUUGUGCAGAAGAAUGAUACCAAGAAGAUGUAUGCCAUGAAAUACAUGAACAAACAAAAGUGUGUGGAGCGUAAUGAAGUGAGAAACGUCUUCAAGGAGCUGCAGAUCAUGCAGGGGCUGGAGCACCCCUUCUUAGUUAAUUUAUGGUACUCAUUCCAGGAUGAAGAAGACAUGUUUAUGGUUGUAGACCUGCUGCUUGGAGGAGAUCUGCGUUACCAUCUCCAGCAAAACGUGCGGUUCCAGGAAGGCACCGUGAAGCUCUUCAUCUGUGAGCUGGUGCUGGCCCUCGACUAUCUCCAGAGCAGACACAUCAUCCACAGAGACAUCAAGCCUGACAACAUCUUGCUGGAUGAGCAUGGACACGUGCACAUCACAGAUUUCAACAUUGCCACGAUGCUGACUAAGGAAAUCCAAGUCACCACCAUCGCUGGCACAAAGCCCUACAUGGCACCUGAGAUGUUUAGUCCCACAAAGCCCACAGGCUAUUCCUUCGCUGUGGACUGGUGGUCACUGGGAAUCACUGCCUACGAGCUGCUCAGGACCCGGAGGCCGUACCACAUCCGCUCCAACACCUCCACAAAUGAAAUUGCUCACGUGUUCAAGACAGCAACAGUGAUGUACCCUGCAGCAUGGUCUGCAGAGAUGGUGUCACUCAUCAAGAAGCUGCUGGAGCCCAACCCUGAGAAGCGUUUUUCUCAGCUGAAAGAUAUCCAGGACUUUCCAUACCUGUCUGAUGUGAACUGGGAUGCUGUGCUCCAGAAAAGGAUCACGCCAGAAUUUAUUCCCACAAAAGGCAGACUGAACUGUGACCCAACCUUUGAACUGGAAGAAAUGAUCCUAGAAUCCAAACCUCUGCACAAGAAGAAAAAGCGCUUGGCUAAGAAGAAAGACACCAACAAAAGCAACUCCUCCCAGGCCUGCCAUCUUCAGAAGCACCUGGAGAUGCUCCAGAGAGACUUCAUUGUUUUCAACAGAGAAAAGUAA